UCCGGGCAGGAGCUGGGGGACUGCUCGGGGUUAUGGGUGUCGGGCAGGAGGCCCGGGAGCCCCCAUUCACACCCCUCCCCCAUCUCUACCUCCUUCCAGCUGCCUAGAGGGUUACCAUGUCUGCUCAAGAUGGAGGCCAGGAUCCCCCCAAACCCAAGGGCAAGACCCUGGGCAGCUUCUUUGGGUCCCUGCCUGGCUUCAGUGCUGCCCGGAACCUGGUGGCCAACGCCCACAGCUCAGCAAGAGAGGCCCGGCCAGCUGCCGAGACUGCAGGCACUCCAGCUGAGGAGGCUUCCCAGCCCCAGGCUCAGGCGCCUGCUGACCCGGAGCAGACGGCCAGGGGGUUAGAGAAGACGCUGCUGCCUUCAGACAAGAUGAUCUCCGGGGCAAAGGACCUGGUGUCCUCCCAGAUGGCCAGAACCAAGGAUGCUCUCUCCACAGGGAUGGCUAGCAUUGUGGACACGGCUAAAGGUGUGGUCCAGGGAGGCCUGGGGAUGACCCAAUCCACACUGACAGUCACCAAGGAUGCUGUGGCCAGUGGGGCAACUGGGGCAGUGGGUGUGGCCAAAGGGGCCCUACAGACCGGUAUAGACACCACCAAGACAGUAGUAACAGGCACCAAAGAUGUUGUGUCCACUGGGCUCACUGGAGCCAUGGGUAUGGCCAAGGGGGCUGUCCAGACUGGCAUGGACACCACCAAGACUGUCCUGACUGGCGCCAAAGACACCGUGUCCACUGGGCUCACGGGGGCUGUGAACAUGGCCAAGGGCACAGUCCAGACAGGCAUGGACACCACCAAAACCGUCCUGACUGGCACCAAAGACACCAUGUCCACUGGGCUCACUGGAGCCAUGGGUAUGGCCAAGGGGGCUGUCCAGACUGGCAUGGACACCACCAAGACUGUCCUGACUGGCGCCAAAGACACCAUGUCCACUGGGCUCAUGGGGGCAGUGAACAUGGCCAAGGGCACAGUCGAGACAGGCAUGGACACCACCAAGACCGUCCUGACAGGCACCAAAGAUGUUGUGUCCACUGGACUCACUGGAGCAGUGAACAUGGCCAAGGGCACAGUUCAGACUGGCAUGGACACCACCAAGACCGUCUUGACUGGCACCAAAGAUGUUGUGUCCACUGGGCUCACUGGAGCCAUGGGAGUGGCCAAGGGGGCCGUCCAGACAGGCAUGGACACCACCAAAACCGUCCUGACUGGCACCAAAGACACCAUGUCCACUGGGCUCACUGGAGCCAUGGGUAUGGCCAAGGGCACAGUUCAGACUGGCAUGGACACCACCAAGACCGUCUUGACUGGCACCAAAGACACCAUGUCCACUGGACUCACUGGAGCAAUGGGUGUGGCCAAGGGGGCCGUCCAGACUGGCAUGGACACCACCAAGACUGUCUUGACUGGCACCAAAGAUGUUGUCUCCACUGGGCUCACUGGAGCCAUGGGAGUGGCCAAGGGGGCCGUCCAGACUGGCAUGGACACCACCCAGACCAUCCUGACUGGCACCAAAGAUAUCGUGUCUACUUCAAUCACUGGGGCAAUGGGUGUGGCCAAGGGGGCUAUUCAGGUUGGCAUCGACACCACCAAGUCCGUCUUGACUGGCACCAAAGAUGUUCUGUCUACUUCAAUCAGUGGAGCAAUGGAUGUGGCCAAGGAGGCAGUUCAGAUUGGCGUGGACACCACCACGUCCAUCUUGACUGGCACCAAAGAUGUUCUGUCUACUUCAAUCAGUGGAGCAAUGGAUGUGGCCAAGGAGGCAGUCCAGAUUGGCGUGGACACCACCACAUCCAUCUUGACUGGCACCAAAGAUGUUCUGUCUACUUCAAUCACUGGAGCAACGGAUGUGGGCAAGGAGGCCAUCCAGACUGGUAUGGACACUACCAUGACCAUCUUGACUGGCACCAAAGGUGCCAUGUCCUCUGGGCUCAGCAGUGUAGGGCACAUGGCCCAAGAAGAUACGCACACUGGGGUGGGCAUCAUCCCAAACUGGUUACCUGACUCCAAGGCUGCCACCUCAGUUGGACUUGCCAGUUCCAGGGCCCCAGAUGAAGGAGAACAAACCAUCCCAAGCCCCCCUCAGGCUCAGCUCAGCGACCAUGGACCUCUGUCAGCUGAGGCCAUGUUCAGCCAAGAGGCCACCCUGGGCAAGGUGGAUGCUGCUCCCGGGGCCACCACUCAUGGCCAGGAAGGAGCCCAGGGCUUUGCAGCACUCCGGAAUGAGCUGGAGGAGCUGGGAGAGAUCUUCCAGCCCAUGAGCGCCGAGGAACAAGCUCAGCUGGUUGCUACCCAGCCCAGGCGGAGGGAGGUCACGGCCGACCAGGGCAGCUACUUUGUGCGUCUGGGUGACGUGGCCCCCGGCUUCCGCCAGCGGGCUUUCGAGCACGCCCUCAGCCACCUGCAGCAUGGUGAGUUCCAGGCACGGGACGUGCUGGCCCAGCUUGAGGACGUCUUCAGGGAGAUCGAGGAGGCCCAGCAGGCUCCGGUCAGGGAUGCAAACAGCCAAACAGAGGAAGCCGCUGCUAGGGAGGUGCCGGCCACUGGGGCUCUGUCUAGGGCCUGUGACCUCGUCCAGCAGCUCCACGUGGCCUACAGCCGCCUGGCCUCCGGCCUCCAGGGCCUCCCCACAGAGCUUCAGUGGCAGCUCCAGCAGGCGCGGCACAGCAUCUGUGAGCUCUAUGGCGUGGUCUCCUCGGCCGCCACGGUGGCGGAGCUGCCAGUCAAGCGGCUGUCUGAGAGCCGCCAGGGUGUGGGCCAGGCGUGGCGGGGCCUGGAGCAGGUGCUGCGGAGCGUGCAGCAAGGCCCUCCACUUGGCUGGCUGGUGGGGCCCUUCACCCUGCCUGCCAAUGGGCAGCCGCUGUAGGAGCCCCUCCCCUGCCCAGAACCAGCUCCUACCCUCCGAAGCUCUGGGUCCUAGAGUUCCACCACACCAUGCACCUGGCGCCAGGCCUGUCUGUACCAGGCGGAACCUGCCUCCCUGAGCACAAGCUCGGCUGGUCCUUCUGGCCGAGGAGUCCCAGGCAGCUAAGACCCCCGGUGGUGGGCCUUAGCCUGAAGAUCUCAAGCAAGUGUUCAAGAAAGGGUAUGGGGCCUGCCUAGAAAAUUCUCCACUCCAUACCCUGACCAGGGCCCUUUUAUCUUUUAUAAACUCUGGGGGCCUUCCACCCCAAGUGGGGUCCUCUAGCCACCAGUUAGCAGGCAGCCCUGCUCCUCUGUCCUGGGCUCCAGGCAGCUCUGUCCUUGUUCUGAAAGCACAUGUCCAGCAGCUAACAGCGCACACCCCCGAACAUACCAGAAUGCUGUCGUCCCAGGGCAGGCGGCCUCCCGCCACCUCUGCUGACCCUGCUGCCUCCACUGACCUUCGGGGGAGGCCAAGGGUCUUUGUGAAGGCAAAGCUGAAGCAACUGAGGGCCAGAUAGUGCAGGUGGCGGGGGGGGGGAGUGAGUAUAUGUCCCUUCCUGAUGCAGCCCAUCCACCAGCAGCACCCCUGGUCAUGGCUGAUCACAGGGGUCCAGAGCUGAUGUUCUAAGGCCCUGGGCCCAGGAGCUGCCGAUGAAGGAAUAAAGGGAGAGACCCCAGGGAACACAUGACAGAAGGUACUCGAGCAACUUCCCUUAAGGUCCUGCAGUUAGGGCUCUGGGCUUUCACUGCUGAUGGUAUGGGUUCGACCCCUGGACAGGGAACUAAGCCCCCACAAGCUACAUGGUGUGGCCAACCCCCCACCCACAAAACAAAACAUGCUUGACAUGUGUUCAGGUCCUGGUCAAAUGCUCCAGGCCAGAGACCAGGGGCUGGGUUGGCAGCCACUGGACAGGCUUCCUUUCCAGACAUACUUUCUUUGAGUCCUUGAGGCAUCCUGGGAGGUGGGCUGCACACGGGAGGGUGGGGCCAUGGAGGUCCAGUCCCCCUGAUGCUGCUUCCAGGACCCGGGCGAUGCUGGGGGAGCUGCUGACCACCAGUAGCCCAAGCCUCGUCAAGCGCCCCCACCGCAGAGCCCAUCACACCUGCACCCCUACCCCCGCUGGCCACCUCCCUGACAGAGGGCUAGAGAUGCCCCCUCUUCUCAGAAAUGAUCAAGUGCUCUGAGCCCCGGACGAAUGUGCCAGCUGUCCCCAGAGGUCACCACGUCUGCCAAGGCAGGACACAGGGACCAGUGUGGGACCUUCCCCAAGCCUUCCCUGCUUUGUUGCCCAUCCCAGAUGGUCAUCAGAGGGGGUGACGCUGGAAACGGUGGUUCACAGAAUCUGAGCUCAACGACAAUCUCAAGUCCAACCAAACCACAGUUGGGGGGUGCCAGGCCCAGAAAGCAGAACCACGCCCUAGCCUCUAAUCCACCAGGACAGAGAGGCUGGGCCACCAGCAGGACACAUAACAGAGGCGAGUGUUUAAACAACUGCCAUGUGCAGGUGCUUGGAUGGGCAAC